UGACUUUACGCCCUCCUGUAGAAUCCUUAUCAGGAAAUGCAGGUUCACACAGUUGUCCUAAACACAGUCAAGCUUCAACACCCUUUGAGCCUGUCAGUGAAUGCCAAUUGUUGAAUCCAGGACCAAGGUACCUCCACUGCUCAAUACUACGUCGCCAUUGCCAGUGAGGGCUGCCGCCGAACUACAGCACAAUCACUCACCUGGAGCAGAAUCUGGAUCACCACCUCUGCCAAUACACCCUCGGAGAACCCAGACCUACCCAGACACUCACAAACCUCAGCCACCUCUUACUCCGACCUGACUAUUCUACACCACACAUAAUUGUCCAUUCCUCUCACCAAUCGAUCGCCACCGCAAAUAUGCCCUCAACCGCCAUUCUCUUCAUCCCGGGCGCCUGGCACAGCCCAAGCUGCUUCAACCAGGUCAUCGACCUCCUGCAAUCCACCACAACCUACACCAUCGACGUCGUUCACCUCCCCUCCGUCGGUCCCGAGAACCACCACUACCUUCACGACUUCACCGAAGACGUUCAGCAAAUCCGCACCCAAAUCCUGCGCCUCGCCGCCGCCAGCCACCGCAUCCUCGUGUUCGCGCACUCCUACGGCGGCGUCGUCGCCAGCGAGGCCAUUCAGCACCUGGACCUGGAGACCCGCCAGCAAGCAAACCUCCCCGGCGGCGUCACGCAGCUCUUCCUGUGCUGCUCUUUCCUCAUUCCCGCGGACCACUCGCUCAGGGACGCAUUCGGCGGCCAAGACCCCCCCUGGGUGGAGGUCUCGGCGGAUCAGAUGGCGGCCAUGCCGCGCAAUCCGAUCGAGGUAUUCUAUCAGGAUGUGCCGGAGACGGCGGCGCGCACGGCCGUGGCGGAGUUGAAACCGCAUAGCUAUCGCACGUUCUUUAGUGUCUGUCGCUUUGCGGCGUGGAAGGUCGUGCCGACCACGUACCUUUAUUGCGCGAGAGAUCGGGCAAUGCCGGUGGAGGCGCAGAAGCAAAUGGUGGAGGGGGUCGGGCAGGGGUAUCGUAUUCGGACGGAGACGUUGGAUGCUGGGCAUAGUCCGUUCUUGUCGAGGAUGGGGGAGGUGGCUGGUGCGAUUCACAGAGCUGCUGAGUUUUGA